AUGGCCGAAAAGGAAUACCCAGUACUGUCGAGAAGGCAGAUCGAAGGUUUAAUUGCAGAUGGACGACGCAUCUUCAUUGCCAACCAAUAUGUAUUCAAGGCCGAUCCAUGGCUUCCGUACCACCCAGGUGGUGACAAGGCGAUCCUACACAUGGUUGGUCGAGAUGCUACCGACGAAGUCACUGCUCUCCAUUCCUCCGAAACAAGAGAGCAGAUGAAACGUUAUCGAAUUGGUAGAAUUGAAGGAAGGUGGACCAACUUCAUCCCCCCUGUCCAAGGCGGUAAAUUCAGACCAUUGUUAGACGGCGACGAUGUUGAGGACGAGGUUGAGGAAGGGGACGUCAUUUCUACCGGUGUGUCGAGUAGCCCAAGUUCCCGGGAGCCUUCCCCGGUAUUCGAUGACAGCGCAGAAGCCGUGAUCCGAAAGCGACGUGGCGUUGACGGAUCAGUACCCAAAUCUUCAUCUACAUCUUCGGUAUCUUCGGUGGAACCUGAUGAUGAUGGCAUGUCAUACCUUGACACCAUUACCAGGGAGAAAACGACUCUAGACCUGGAAAAGUAUCCCUCCCUGGAUUUUGAUACCCAGGAUGCCAUCGUGGCCAAGUAUCGCGAACUUGGCGAGCGAAUCAAGGCCGAAGAUCUUUAUAAAUGCAAUUAUUGGGCGUAUGCAAUUGAGGUCACACGAUAUUCAAUCCUAUUCAGCCUCACCUUCCUCUUCUUGCAUUGGGGUUGGUACGUUGCGAGUGCCAUCUGUCUAGGCGCAUUCUGGCAUCAGCUCGUUUUCACGGCUCACGAUGCUGGCCACAUGGGUAUUACCCAUGGGUUCCACACGGACACGGUUAUCGGCAUCAUCGUUGCUGACUUCUUCGGUGGUCUCUCAAUAGGAUGGUGGAAGCGGAACCAUAACGUGCAUCACAUCGUUACAAAUGCACCGGAGCAUGACCCGGACAUCGAACAUAUGCCGUUCAUGGCCGUGUCUCACCGGUUCUUCACAUCGAUGCGUUCCACUUUCUACGACCGCGUAAUGGAAUACGAUGCCGUAGCAAAAUUCAUGCUCAAAAUUCAACCUUACACUUACUACAUACUUCUCCUCUUUGGACGCUUGAACCUCUACCGCCUAUCCUGGGACUUUUUGCUUGCUCGCAGAGGCCCUAAGAAAGGACCUGCUUGGUGGCACGGCUGGCUCGAGAUAACUGGACAGCUCUGUUUCAUCACCUGGUACUUCUAUGGAGUAUUGUACAAGUCGAUUCCUAAUAACUCGGAUCGACUUGUCUUCUUCUUGAUCAGCCAUAUGGUGCCCAUGCCAGUCCACGCGCAGAUCUGCCUUUCCCACUUUGCCAUGAGCACCUCUGAUAUGGGGCCCCACGAAUCAUUUCCCCAGAAGAUGCUCCGCACGACCAUGGACAUCGAAUGCCCCCAAUGGUUGGACUUUUUCCACGGCGGCCUGCAGUUCCAAGUCAUUCACCACUUAUUCCCUAGGAUUCCGCGUCAUAAUCUCCGCCGCACGCAAAAGCUAGUACAGGAUUUCUGUAACGAUGUUGGUAUCCCUUACGCAUUAUACGGCUUCGUGGAUGGGAAUAAGCAGGUUGUUGGCACGCUAGCCGAAGUAUCGAGGCAAGCAGCCAUCCUUGCCAAGUGUCAGAAGGUCAUCUCCGAGGGCGAUGAUCCAAUUCAUGGACACCAUCAUUAA